AUGAGGAUAAGGAAGAGAGGGAGACAGACGCGCGAGCUGGGCUCGGGUCUGGGCUGCGAUUCGCUGGAUCGCUGGACUGGUCCAUUUUCUGGGUUUGCUGUUCUUCGCUGGUUUCACCAGGAAGAAGACGUGGGGGUGGGGAAGAAGACGCGGGGGUGGGGUCGGGUUAAGGGACGGUGGGCUGGUGGGAAUAUUGUAUUGUUGUUGAUGGGUAUUUGGUCCAAAAUUGGGUGUCAACAAUGGUACAAAGAUGUAGGUCCCGGUACCGUUGUAUGGGUUGGCAAUAGAAGAAAUCCAGUUAAUUGUGGUGCAUUGCUAGGACUAGACACAGAAGGAGACAUUUUUCUCCAAGAUAUACUGGGAACAACGGUAUGGAUUCAUAAGCCCAACAGUACAGUUCCCUUACCAGUACUGAAGCUCCUUGAUUCAGGUAAUCUUGUGUUUGGAGAUUCUAGUAAUCUGACGGCUGGAGAGUACCUGUGGCAAAGCUUUGACCACCCAGUUGACACAUUGUUACCAGGAAUGAAGCUUGGUUGGGACAAGAAAACUGGCAUCGACCGAUCCAUGAGGUCCUGGAGGACAGAAGGUGAUCCAGCUCUAGGUGAUUAUUUGUUCAGCCAAGAACGAUUGGAGUUUGAAACUUUCACUGAAUCCAGAUGGAAAAUACAAUUCUUGAGGUGGAAUAAUGCUACCAAUUACUGGGAGGAAGUGAAUACAUUGAAUAAGGACACAUGUGACCAGUAUAACACUUGUGGGCCUUAUAGAGUUUGUAGUGAUAGAGAUCUCCCCUGCGGGUGUCCUGAUGGUUUCACAGCUGCAUCACCAGAUGAAUGGGGCAUGAUGAAUUUUACGGAGGGAUGUAGGAGAAACACCUCACUUAACUACACCAAUAAAGACGUCUUUGUGGAGAAUAAUGGACUGAAGUUGCCUGAUAAUGCUUCUUACUGGGGAAUGUUGUACCACCAGGAGUAUGCACCUGUUUCCGACAGUAGAUGGAAAAAUGAAUGGACAAUUUUUGCUUCUUUAAUCUCAGAGCUGGCACUACUUAUUAUUUUGCUUAUAGCUGUUGUGGUUCUAUGUCAAAAAAUGAGGACAGAUGUGCUAGAUGAACAAGAAAUCAAUCAGCCGACAAAUUCUCAAGGAGCUUUGCUGCAAGGCACUAAUGUCAUUGCAUAUGAUUUCAGUGAUCUAGUUGCAGCCACUAACAAUUUCUCGCUGGCUAAUAAGAUAGGGCAUGGUGGCUUUGACAAUGUUUAUAAGGGUGUACUAGAGAAUGGAGUAGAAAUAGCAGUGAAGAAGCAGGACGUGACUUCACGUCAAGGAUUUACUGAGUUCGAGAAUGAAGUCAAGUUAAUAGCAAAGCUACAACAUCGUAACCUAACCAAAUUGUUGGGAUACUGCAUUAAUGGAACAGAAAAAUUCCUAGUCUAUGAGUUCAUGGCGAAUAAUAGCCUAAACAAGGUCAUAUUUGAUCCUGCAAGAAGGGGUACAGUAACAUGGCCAAUGCACUUUAACAUUAUCAAAGGAAUCGCAAAAGGAUUAGUUUACAUGCAUCAUGACUCAAGGUUGACAAUAAUCCACCGGGACUUAAAAGCUAGCAAUGUCUUGCUAGACAGAGAGAUGACACCCAAGAUAUCUGACUUAGGGUUGUCAAGGGUAUUCGAAGAUGAUGUUGAAGAAAAGACUCAGCAUUUAAUUGGAACACGUGGUUAUAUGCCUCCUGAGUACAUGAAAAAUGGACAUUAUUCAACAAAAUCAGACGUUUUUAGUUUUGGAAUCCUGGCAUUGGAGAUUGUGAGUGGCCAAAAGAAUUAUGAUUAUCGGCACCCAGUCUAUGAUAUUGGUCUAGUAGACUAUGCUUGGAGAAUUUGGAGUAUGGGGAAUGCCAUAGAACUACUGGAUCCAAUGAUUGAAAAACCAGGUGAUGAGAAUGAAGUUUUAGGAUGCAUCCUUGUUGGGCUCUUGUGUUGUCAACGGCGUGCCCAAGACAGACCUUCAAUGAUUCAGGUGGUUUCCUUACUGGAGGAGAAUGAAAUGUCAAGGUUAAAUUUUGUGCCUCAGGAACCUUAA